CGUUUUCCACUCCUUUUCUCUCACAAAUUCAACGCCGAAAAAACCUACAAAUCAAUUGAAUCUCUGCCCCCAAAUUCUUCUUCUCUGUAAGGAAGAAAAAGCUGAAGUUUCUUUGCGUUUUAAUGGCUCAAGGAGACAAUUCCGAUAUCCAGCAGGAAAUGGCUAAAGAGGAAGAACAACAGAGGCUGAAAUACUUGGAAUUCGUGCAAGUCGCCGCCAUCCACGCUGCCUUGUCCUUCACCAGCCUUUACCUUUACGCUAAGGAAAGAUCGGGACCGUUGAAGCCUGGCGUCGAGACGGUCGAGGGGACCGUUAAGAACGUGGUCCGGCCGGUUUACGAUAAGUAUCGUGACGUCCCUGUUGAGCUUCUUAAAUUCGUUGAUGCCAAGGUUGAUGAAUCUGUCACCAAGCUAGAUAGUCGAGUCCCACCAGUCAUCAGGCAGAUGUCAACCAAAGCCGUCUCCGCCGCCCAAAAGGCUCCGGCGGUGGCUUCCGAUGUCCACCGUGACGGAGUGGUGAACACCGCCUCGGAAUACGCAAAAUCCGUGUACACCAAGUAUGAACCCACAGCGAAGGAGCUUUAUGCUAAGUAUGAACCCAAGGCUGAACAAUGUGCCGUCUCGACUUGGCGUACGCUCAAUAAACUCCCCCUCUUCCCUCGAGUCGCCUCGGUAGUCGUCCCGACGGCCGCUUAUUGCACCGAUAAGUAUAACCAGACGGUGGUUAUCGGAGCGGAGAAAGGGUAUAAAGUGGUCUCGUAUUUGCCCCUGGUUCCUACCGAGAAGAUUGCCAAGGUCUUCGGUGAGCAGAAGCCUGAAACGGAGCCAUUGGAGCCGGUGGCAUCCGCCAGUUGAUUUUGAUUUGAAUCUGUUUAUGGGGUUAUAUAUAUAAUCUGGAUUUGUUUUAUGCUUUUAGCUGGUGGCUUUUGUGAUCUGGAUUAAACUAUCUAUGGAUUUUUAUUU